AUGCACACCCUGAAUUUUUUCUACCAGAAAAAGUAUGAGAAUGCAAAUCCGAAAAUGAAAGUUUAUCCAAAUGCAACCGCGGAUAGUUCCGAUAUCUUUGAAUCAGAGCGGGAAAAGAGAACUGUUCGAGGGAAUCUGGCAGAUCUGUACGUCAAAAACCUUAAAGGGUCCGUAAAAUGGCCUUUUGAGCUGCAUAUCUCUGUGGGUACCCUGAGUCACGGAUUUGUUAAAAGAGUGGAAAUUUGUGCGGAAAGCAGUAAAGGACAAGAGUCGGACAUAGAAUUUUGUAUUCUGAUUGGGAUUCUAAGAUGA